UAAGAGGGUCUUAUGGCUGCUUCCCUACGGUUGCUAAGUAAACGCAAGAGGUUGCUAUGGUGAUUCUUGCCCCACUCCCUCUCCUCAUGCUAGUUGCACACCGUUGCCAUGAAAAUUCUGAAACUGUAGCUGUCACAGGCACCCUCCCCAGUCUCUGUCAUUUCUAGGCAGACUGACAUUCAUUUUUGGGCUUCGGGGCGACUGUAUUACCGGGACCCCGAUUCUUCAUCAGCCAUGCCGGGAGCAAAUUUACAAAGAUCCCCCACUGGAGGAGUGUGCUUGACAAAAUCUCUCAUUGUCCAGAGGAAUGUGACAAUGCUGGUGGAGAAAGAGGACCCAGAGAAGAUAUCUGAAGCCUUGACUUCUCUACAGGUCCUACGGCUAGACAGGGAGAGAAUUAGCUGCAUUGCCGACCUACCAGAUUUAAAACAGGUCCAUAGCAUCUAUUUACAACAGAAUCAAAUAGAGAAAAUUGAAAACUUAAGCUGCUUUCCAAACUUGAAGUUUCUAUCAUUAGCUGGGAAUUACAUCAGCAGAGUGGAGAACCUUCAGUCUCUCCUCAAGUUGAAGUUUCUGGAUCUUUCACAGAAUUGCAUUGAUAUUCUAGACAUAGAUGAGCUGCCUCUGAACCUUGCAGUCCUUGACCUGACUGGAAAUAAAUGCAUGAAUCAAAAAGGCUACAGGGAGUCUGUGUUGGCAGCCCUGCCCCAUCUGAUAGAACUGGAUAACAAAGGCAUCUCUAACCAGAAAGCCACAGUCCAAAACAAUGAAGAGGAGAAUAGCUCAGAAGAGAGUGACUGUGAGGACUGUCCAGAGCUCUCUCAGCCACUGAGCACAGAAAAAGACUUCUUUGUUAAUCUCCAUAAUGAAUUUACUAGUCGUUCAGCCUGGCGAAGAGAGAUAGCAAUGAGGGAGCACGAAGCCCGCCUGGAAGAGCUGAGACAGCGGCAGAAUCUGAGGCAGCUGGUGUUCAACACCAAUGAAGGUAGACCUGAAGCUCUAAGUACGCCAGAAUCAAGAUCCCCUGUUCUAAACAACAAUUUGCCUCAAAAUGAGCACCAAACCGCUUUGAAUUCACUGCAAAGAACAGUGAAUCCAGCACUUGAUGCAGGACUGAAUACGCCAAAGGGGAAAAAUGAAGGCACAACCCAGACCCAGCUUAAAAUAUCAAAAGGUGAGAUAUCUAGCGCAGCUAAAACUGCAAAGAACAACAUAAAGAAAUGAUAAUUUAUUGGAGUGUUCUUU